AUGGACAUCGGCUACAAGUCAUUCCAUUAUCUGCUACUUCACUAUCAUUACGAGAGAGACGCUUUCGGGAAAUAUAGGUUAAAGGAACAGAUAAAUGGGUCAAAGGAACAGACAAGUGGGUCAAAGGAACAGAUAAAUGGGUCAAAGGAACAGUCAAAUGGGUCAAAGGAACAGACAAAUGGGUCAAAGGAACAGACAAAUGGGUCAAAGGAACAGAUAAAUGGGUCAAAGGAACAGACAAAUGGGUCAAAGGAACAGAUAAAUGGGUCAAAGGAACAGACAAAUGGGUCAAAGGAACAGACAAAUGGGUCAAAGGAACAGACAAAUGGGUCAAAGGAACAGACAAAUGGGUCAAAGGAACAGACAAAUGGGUCAAAGGAACAGACAAAUGGGUCAAAGGAACAGACAAAUGGGUCAAAGGAACAGACAAAUGGGUCAAAGGAACAGACAAAUGGGUCAAAGGAACAGACAAAUGGGUCAAAGGAACAGACAAAUGGGUCAAAGGAACAGACAAAUGGGUCAAAGGAACAGACAAAUGGGUCAAAGGAACAGACAAAUGGGUCAAAGGAACAGACAAAUGGGUCAAAGGAACAGACAAAUGGGUCAAAGGAACAGACAAAUGGGUCAAAGGAACAGACAAAUGGGUCAAAGGAACAGACAAAUGGGUCAAAGGAACAGACAAAUGGGUCAAAGGAACAGACAAAUGGGUCAAAGGAACAGACAAAUGGGUCAAAGGAACAGACAAAUGGGUCAAAGGAACAGAUAAAUGGGUCAAAGGAACAGACAAAUGGGUCAAAGGAACAGACAAAUGGGUCAAAGGAACAGACAAAUGGGUCAAAGGAACAGACAAAUGGGUCAAAGGAACAGACAAAUGGGUCAAAGGAACAGACAAAUGGGUCAAAGGAACAGACAAAUGGGUCAAAGGAACAGACAAAUGGGUCAAAGGAACAGACAAAUGGGUCAAAGGAACAGACAAAUGGGUCAAAGGAACAGACAAAUGGGUCAAAGGAACAGACAAAUGGGUCAAAGGAACAGACAAAUGGGUCAAAGGAACAGACAAAUGGGUCAAAGGAACAGACAAAUGGGUCAAAGGAACAGACAAAUGGGUCAAAGGAACAGAUAAAUGGGUCAAUGGAACAGAUAAAUGGGUCAAAGGAACAGAUAAAUGGGUCAAAGGGUUAA